CUUUCUUUCAAUUCUCUCUCUCUUUUUUUGGGUUGUUGUGUUUCUUUUUCUUUGUCUUUCUCUCUUAUUUUGUUGGGAGUAAAAUCUACAUGCUGUCAGCUUCUGGUUUUGCAGGGACACGGAGAGAGAGAGAGAGAGAGAGAGAGAGAGAGAGAGUGUGUGUGUGUGUGUGUGUUUAUUCGCGUGCUGUGUCUGUGUGAAUCACAAUCCACAAGUCUAGCAAUUAUCUGAUCUAACUUAUAGUAUUCUAAAGCCAAUCCAAUCUAAUUGGGAAAUGGACAAUUAAGAAAGAAAUGUGAGGAUCGGUUUUUUGCGCCUUCACUGAAUUCUACUGCUGCUGCUACUACUGCUACUAAUACUACUACUAAUACUACUACUAAUCCUCCACUUUUCCGGCGAAGAGCUACUUCCGCUACUAUACACUACUUAUAUUGCCAAGUCAAAGCGUGUAAUGGGUUCUGAGCAGAAUAGGUUCCCUCAGCAGGAACGGAUCUGAUGAACAUGCCCUAAGGAUCAUAUGUUGCCUUUUAAUUCUGCACUAUGACUCGACAAUCUCAGCGAAAGAGAUGGGGAGGAUGCUUGGGCGCAUUUUCUUGUUUUGGUUCGCAGAAAGGUGGAAAACGUAUUGUGCCUGCAUCUCGUAUUCCAGAUGGUAAUGCAACAGCUUCACAGCCAAACGGACCUCAAGCUGGUGUGCUGACCAACCAAGCUACACAACUAGCUCCAUCACUUCUAGCUCCACCUUCUUCACCAGCAUCAUUUACAAAUUCUGCUCUCCCUUCAACAGCUCAGUCACCUAGUUGCUUCUUGUCAUUAUCUGCCAACUCGCCUGGGGGUCCGUCAUCCACAAUGUUUGCCACCGGACCAUAUGCCCAUGAAACACAACUAGUUUCUCCUCCAGUUUUCUCAACCUUCACAACUGAGCCAUCCACUGCUCCUCUUACUCCCCCACCAGAGUUAGCUCACUUAACUACGCCGUCUUCCCCAGAUGUGCCUUUUGCUCAGUUCCUCUCAUCUUCUAUGGAUCUUAAAAGCACUGAAAAGACCAAUUACAUUGCUGCUGGUGAUCUUCAAACUACAUAUUCACUCUAUCCUGGAAGUCCUGCCAGCAGUCUCAUUUCACCAAUUUCUAGGACCUCAGGUGACUGUUUAUCAUCAUCCUUUCCUGAACGAGAUUUCCCCCCUCAAUGGGAUCCUUCAGUCUCGCCUCAAAAUGGAAAAUAUUCAAGGAAUGGUUCUGGCAGACUGUUUGGGCAUGAUACUACUGGUGCCUCCAUGGUAUCUCAAGAUACAAAUUUCUUCUGUCCUGCUACAUUUGCACGAUUCUAUCUUGACCAUAAUCCGCCAUUUCCUCAUACUGGUGGUAGGUUAAGUGUUUCUAAGGAUUCAGAUGUUUAUCCUGCUGGUGGAAAUGGCCACCAAAGCAGGCACAAUAGAAAUCCCAAGCAAGAUGUGGAAGAGAUAGAAGCUUACAGAGCAUCCUUUGGGUUUAGUGCUGAUGAAAUUAUCACUACCCAACAGUAUGUUGAGAUUUCUGAUGUAAUGGAUGACUCAUUUACCAUGACUCCUUUUACUUCAAAUAAACCUACCAUAGAAGGAAGUACUGAAGCUGCAUCUUUGAGUGACAGUCAAAAGGCACAGACAAACUUGCCAACCCUUAAAUUGAAAUCAGAUCGUGUAUGUGGUGAAGCACCAGUAUCAUGCGAUAGAUAUGAAGAUUCUAAAUCAAGACGGCAGACUGGGGAUGUCUCUGGAUCAAGUACACCUGGUAUCCAUGCUCUGACUGAUGAUGACGAUAUAUUUUCAAAGAUGACAUCGUCUAAAAUCAGCAGGAAAUAUAAUCUGGGGUCGUCAUGUUCUGAUGCGGAGAUAGACUACAGGAGGGGAAGAAGCUUAGGAGAAGGCAAAGCAGAUUUUGCAUGGCAUGACUAAAAUUGGAGAAAAAAGAAAGUCUUGUCAGUUAUUUCCGUGUAUUAAGUUGCAGAUGCGAUAUCUGUCAUACUCUUUCUGUUUGGAGUUAUAUUUGAUAGGUGGAUGGUCUAACAUAUGAUCUAACCUAUUCUCCUCCUGUCUUUCCUCCUUUCCUGCUCUUUCGGGUUGUGUGGCUGAUAUCUAUCUCCGAUUGAUAGUGUUGUGUUCUGUGUUCCUAACUUACCCUCUUUGCUACGAGUUAUAUAUAAUAUGUGUGCGUGCGUGCGAUGCAGCUAAUUAUAUAAAUAUUAGUAUUAUAUUUGGGAAAACAAA